AUGAGGCCGACAGUGGUAUAUCUGCUGCUGUCUCUAAUGAUGUCUGUGGGUCAGACUCUGAAGUGUCCGCGUGUCUGCGUUUGUGACAACACAAAGCUCACAGUGAAGUGCUUAGGGAAGAAUCUCACACACAUUCCACCUACUAUAGACGAGAUCACAGUGAAACUGGACUUGAAGAAGAAUAAUUUUGGGGAACUGCCCAAAAAUGCCUUCAAGCACACCCCCUACCUGACCCAGCUCAGCCUGCAGGGCUGCAGUGUCCAGGCCGUCAGAGAGGGGGCGUUCCGGGGCCUUUCACGCUUGCUGCAGCUUGACCUCACCAACAACAACAUUGACAUCCUCUACCAGGAGUCAUUUGAUGGUUUAUCAUCACUGAAGCAGUUGUAUUUAGACCGGAACCGCAUUGAAGAGAUCCAUCCUGGAGCUUUUGCUGCAUUGAACUCUUUAAACCUGCUUUCACUCACUCAUAACCAGCUAGUCUACCUUCCUAAUAUGGCAUUCCAGGGUAUGAUGAAUGUCCAGAUGUUACAUUUGAGUCAUAACUCCCUUAAUAAUCUGGCGACUGAAGCCUUUGCUGGUCUUCUUGCUCUUACACACUUAAACCUGGACCAUAAUGAACUCCAGUACUUCCCCACCAAAACUAUGACCAGACUGGUCGAAGUGACUCAUCUGGACAUGAGUUUUAACCCCAUGACGUAUCUGGUUGAGGAGAGCGUAGUAAUGCCGAAGCUCACACAUCUGUCUCUGAAGCACAGUGCUCUGCAGGACCUGUCAGAAUCUGCCCUGUCUCUGUCUCCUGUUAUCUCUCACCUGGACCUGAGCUUCAACCAGCUGCCAUACAUACAGGCCCUCACAGCAUCCACACACCUCACCAGCCUGAACCUCACUGGAAACCCCAUAAGAUGUACAUGUUUACUGCGGGAGCUGAAGCUGUGGGCACUGAAGUCAGGAAUCAGACUCUUUGGGGUCUGUGCUUGGCCUCCACACCUCUCAGAUGAACCUCUGGAAAAUGUUCACGAACAGGAUCUCCGCUGCAGACCACAGGAUGAGUGGACAUUAGACGUGAUUGAACAAGGCGCAAAAGAAGAAGAAGAAGGAGUGCAAGAAAAGACAGUGCCUACAGCCAAGUCAAAGAAAACAAGGAAAUGUCCAAAGAAUUGCCUCUGUGAGUCUGCAGCUCAGCACGCUACAUGUGAAAACCGUGGCCACACUAAAGUCCCCACUGGUUUUCCAAGAAAAACCCUUCUUCUUGACAUGCGUGGCAAUCAUUUCCACUAUCUCCCAAGCAAAAGUUUCCCUGGCAUCCCCGAGGUGGUUUCCCUUCACCUAGACAGCUGUAAGAUCCAUGAGAUUGAAGGUGGAGCUUUCCAGGGCAUGAAGAACCUGAUGUACCUCUACCUGUCCGACAACCAACUGUCCUCUCUGGAAGCAAAAACCUUUGAAGGUUCCCAUGAGCUCAUGUACCUUCACCUGGAAGACAAUAAACUCACUCAAUUCCCUUCUUCAGCUAGUCUGGCUCACAUUCCUAAACUCCUCGAGCUGCAUCUGGAGAGAAACCUCAUAGCUAAACUCGAGCCUUCAGGACUUCUUUCUCCAGUCCUUCAGCUUACAGGACUCUACCUCAAUAACAACUCCAUAGCUACUAUAGUGCCAAAAGCUCUGGAUCCUGCUCCCAAGCUGGACGUUCUUCAUCUUGGAGAUAAUGUGCUGACGGAUGUGCCAAGUGAUGCAUUAGACCAUGCCCCUCUUUUGACUGAACUCCACCUCUCUGGGAAUCUGAUUCGCUGGAUUGGUCCCGGAGCAUUUCGGGUGGUGGCUGAAAGUCUAAAGAACCUGCUCAUUGGUAGAAUGGGUCUUCAAAAGAUGAGUGUGAGGUCUCUGGCAGGGUUUGGUGCUGGUCUGCUGUCUUUGUCUCUUGAAGACAAUCUGUUGGAGGAGUUGCCUGACCUUUCACCUCUUGCUGGACUUCAAAACCUCAAUCUUAACAAAAAUCCACUAAUGUGUGACUGCAAAUUACUACCAUUUUACAGAUGGUUAGAGAAGAUGAGACUGAGGGCUGAGGCGCUGUGCUUUUACCCCUCUGAGCUGCGAGGUCAGUCUGUAAUGGAGUCUGCCAUCUAUAAGAACUGCUAUAUAGAAAAUGCUCAAUCCUUUAAUGAGACCUCCAUCCCAACCAAAGCUCAUCAACCCAACAAACUUAACCCCAUGCAGACCGCAAAACCAUCUCAACCUAAUCUGAAACAGACAAAGACAAAGAUGGCUGCAACACCAAAGAAUACCAAGUCUAAAGAAUUCACACCAGAGCAUGCACUGAAAAGGACCAGGCCAAACAAGAAAAAAAGAAGACGACCAAAAACAAGGUUUCCAUCGAUAUGAGCAAUAGGUUUUUUUUUUAUUUAAACUAUAUAGUUAUUGUACUGCAGGGUAGUAGUGCUGCUGAUUUGUUAAAGGGUAGUCCGGUGCAUGAGUCCAUACACCCCCAUUUUAAAAAUGAAAAUGAAAGUGAAAGCGAGGCUGCGGUGGGAAGAAACCCAGAAGAAUAGGAUCAGCACUUUAAACAUUGCAACAACAUGCUGUGGACUACAAACCUCCAGCUGUUGCCGUGAUUUCAAAGUGCAAAUAUUGUGUAAGCAUCUCUUUAAUAUCAUUCAGUUAAGUUUAUUUUAAACAAUUAAAAGCAUAUUAGGCAUCAAACAAAAUCAUAAUCCCUUUAAAAGUAAUUCGCUUAAGUGUCCUCCUAGGCUUCAGUUCAUGGCACCAGGUAAACACUCUGGGGAUGCUUCUUUGCUUCAGCCUAUGUAACCCAGUGAGCGAUAAAACAAUGCAGUCCUCUGUAGCACACCCUAGUGUUGACUGUAACAGUGUUGUCUCUGUACUGAAAUUUUAAAAACUAACAUAUAACAUCACUAACAUUUUAGUGCCAUUGAGUGCAUACUUAAACAGUGCUGAUUUGCCGUAGUAUUCACCAUAUCCCAUUUUGAUAUCCCAUUUUAUUUUCACUAUCCAUUCAGAAUGGACCUUCCGGUCACUCGGAAAGUGGUGAAAUGAUAAAUUUGUGUAACUUUUUCUUCAUUUAUAAGAUAUAAAGCCAGGUACACAACAAUACGCCAUCACAGAUGCCUUCUUGUGUGACUCAAGGCGAUAUUUCCUGGUUUCCACCAUGGUUUCCACCCACGCAGUCUCGCUUUCACUUUUAAAAUGGCGGCCGUGUGAACUCUGAAGUGAACUGAAGUGAAGUUUAAUGAUCAUAUUUUAACUUCUCAUUUAAAUGCUUUAACUGCAUACCCUGGCUUGUCCUCACUAAGAGUGAUAAUGAUAAAUAUUAAUGUAAUGAUGACUAUAUUGUUAGCAGUAAAUUGUGAUAUAUGUGUGUUUUUUAUUUAAACAAUAUAAUUCUUAGCUAGCUGUGUAGUAGCUCUGCAGAUUUGUUCACGGGUAAUUCUUUGUUUGAAUCCACUGAUCAAAAUUUGUGCAAUGAUUUGUGCAAUUUUAAUGCAUCAACACAACAAUAGUGUUUUGGGGGCUCUGAAAAUACUUUUGUAUAUACUUUUGUAUAUAUUUAAUAAAAUAAUUGUCAUGCCCCUUUAAUGUAUGACAUUACAUGUUCAGUCUAUGGGUGAGCACAGUAACGUUACGUUACAUAUGUAAACAAACGUGUAAAUUAGAGGAAAAACUACCAAUUGUGGAUAUUUUACACGAGUUUACAUGUUAUCUGUACGCAAAACU